AUGUAGAUUUUAAAUUAUAUACAUGACUUGUUACAUAAAUAAUUUAUUAUAAAUUAUAUAACUUUAUAAUUGAUAGUUGUUUAGAAUAAAAUUUUAUAAUCUACAGAUAAUAAUUAACGUAAUUUUUCUGCUUAGAAAAUUACAGAUAUACUAUUAUAAUCAUUAACUAAUUUAUUAGAAAGAAUCUAUCCUAUUUAAAAAAGAUCAGAAAUGAUUGAUAUAUUUGAUUUAGAUAUUGCAUUUAAAUGUUUUAGUAGUAUUUUUUAGAAAGAAAAUUUUAAGGAUUAAAAGAAUAUAAGAAUAAUUUAAAAGAACUAAAUGUAUAAUAAAUAUGGAAUGUAAGAAUAACUAAACAAACAGUAAAUGAUAUUAGAAUGGUUAAAUGAAAAGAAGAUUUUUAAAUAUUAUAUGUUGAUUCAGGUAUACUUAUUAUAUUUAUAUAUUUUAUUUACAAUUCGCAUUUAUAGAUGUGGAGAAUUCUUUAAAUUUCUUAUUUAAAGAAAAAAUUAUUUGGAUACCUAAUCUAAAAGAAAUAUAGGAUAGUUUAGAAAAAGCAGAAUAUGAACAUAAAUUAGCUAUUUACAAAUUAUUUAAAGAUUUUUCAAAUUGUUUAGAGAAAGAAUGGUUAGAAUAUUUAACUGAUGAAAUAUGUAAUAGAGAUCUUAAAUAAGUAAGUAAAGAUGAACUGGAUUUAUUAUUAGAUAUAGCUAAAUCAAAUCAUAGAUUUAAAGAAGAUUAUUGGAAUGUAUUAAAAAUGGAUAUUUUAAUUAAACAUUAUUUGAAUUUUAUUUUAGCAUAAAAUAUAGAAUAAGUGUUAUAUCUAUAUUAUGGGAAUUAUUAGUUUGUUAAUUUUAGAGUUGUUAAGAAAAAGAUUUAGUUUUUAAAUGGUUUAGUACAUUAUCAAAUUAAGAUGGGUAAUCUUAAUUAACAUCAAUGGUAGAAAUUUCAGAACUAAAGAUUUUUUAUUGAGAAAAAGUAAUGAUUUAGCUCAUUUGACUGAAGAAAGCUUUAAUUGUCUCAAACUGUAUUUUCUACAAUUAAAUAUGUAAGUUUUGGAUUUAAUGUUAUAUGGUAAACAAUAUUAGAAUUAAUUAGCUAUUGAAUAUUUUCAUUCAUUUAAAACAAAUAUUGAAAAAUUAUAAAAUAAAUUAUAAGAAAAAAAAAAUUAAAUUAAAAAUUAUCUAGAUGUUUAUUAGAAUAUAUUAUAGAUAAGAGUGAAAUUAAUGAAGUUGGUAAUUUUAAAAGUUAAAUGCUUUAUCUUAAGGAAAAAAAUUAUCAAUUUAAAUUUAAUAUGAAAUUAGUUAAUAAAGAAGAUUUAUAAUAUAAUAUCAUAAAUAUUAAUAUACAAUAAAAAUAAAUGAUAAUUUAUAUAUUUAACCCUAUUAAGGAGGGAUAUAAAUCAUAAUCGGUGGGGUUUCUACCUCUUUUGUUACUUCCAUUUUCUAGGCUUCAGCUUGUUUUUCUGUUUGAAAAUUUUUUCAAAGUCAUCAACUAAUUUAAUUUUUUAUCCGCAUAAUUAUUUAUUUCUUCUAACUCUGCUUUCACCCAUUCCUAUUUCCUACCAACUUCUAAGAACCAAGGCUGAGUGGUUAAAUCAGUGGCCUUUUCAUAUUAUAAUCAUAUGCUUUCCCUUUCUUCUAUUUAAAGCUCCUAAUAAUCUGAGAGAAUAUUCAUUGAUCUCAAUUAAACCUAUUAAAAGACUCCAUUAAUUUAUAGUUUUAUAGCAUCAUAGCUUUCAACAUAGCAAUAAGCUGUUGAUUGAAGUUUUUGGCAUAGCUUAAGAAUCAUUAGAAUACAUCUCAAAUUUUUGGUUCCAAUUCAUAAUUUAAUUUUUAAAUUUAUAUAAUGAUAAUUAAACUAUUGUUGAAUUAAGAUUUGCAAUAAGUAACGUCAUUAAAUUAGAAUGGGAUGCUAUUGGUUUAAAUUGUCUUAAAGGGGAUAUAAAAUUUACAGAAAAUGGAAAGAUGAAAAAAGGAUGA